AUGUUGGACAUUACAGUGUUUCUCUUUCUUGUCUACUUUUGUAAAAAUGACUAUUUAUUUAAAGAGCCGCACAUUUUAUGCGUCAACCACAGCAACAAAUGCAAAAUUAACUUUAUACACCAAAUUAAGUAUAAUCUUGUAUUUUCUCUGGUCAAACCUCUUGUAUCAGUCGACAAUUAUUUAAAUAGCGAAUCUAGUGUUUGUGGAUACGUCCGACCAUUCGGAAGAUUUGCGUUAUUCCGCAAGUAUGUUUCAUCACCAAAGAAAUACCAGGAAUUUGAUUGGCAAUUAGAAUCUUUCGAGAUAGCCAACCAAUCAUCCUUUCGAAUUGAAUCCCAAGAAAGAUCCGCUAAAUUAUUUCUUGGUAAAAGACAAUGUUUCAGUUGCGUUGUAAAAAAAAAAGAGAGUCUAUUAGGACCUCCUAAACUCAGUCAAAGAUCUUUGUAUUUUAAUUACCUCAUUUACUUUCUAGACCUUCAAUUCUUGGCCAAGAAAUACUUGGAACUACUUCUUGUACAUCCCAUCUAUAGUCUUUUAGUUGUAACAAAUAAUAAUAACUAUGAACCUUUUAAUCAAUAG